AUGCCGAAUUUUCUUUACGUGUUCGAACUGCUGAGAUCGUGGCGACUAGACGCCGACAUUGAAUUAACGAGAACCUCGACUCCUAUUAUAACAGUACUACCAGUGAAUCUGAUAGAAACUCCCGCAAAAGAAUCAAAAAGUGUCUUAGAUAAUGACAAAAAUGUAGAUAGUUUGAAGAAGAAACAGGAUAAAGUCGAGUUGGAGAACAAGAAAAAUAUUGUUCCUUAUGAUAAUGAUACAAAGAUGGAGUCUAAGAAAACGGAAGAAAGUAGGAAGAAACCAUUUAUGGGUUGGAUGAUGAACCUGUUUCGCUCUCUGGUAAGCGCCUAUGGAGCAGACAGCGAGCGCCAAGGGAUGCUGCCCUCUGACGCGGAAAAGGGCAAAGAUGGGGGCUGUAGCGACACCGUUUGUUCGAUCGCCGCGAGCCCUUACAGAAUCCUUAGGGCUGCCGAAAGCGGUAACCUAGACAUGUUCCAGAAGCUCUACGUCCAGGACCCGACGCGUUUAUCAAUUCGCGAUCCGCGUGGACGCACCACGGCCCAUCAAGCAGCCGCAAGAAACCGAAUAAACAUCCUUCAUUUCAUUACGCAACAAGGAGGAGAUUUGAAUGCUCAAGAUAAUGCUGGCAACACGCCUCUACAUGUCGCAGUGGAAUCGGAAGCUUUGGACGCUGUGGAUUAUUUAUUAGCGCUUGGUGUGAAAUCAGACAUUUUAAAUGAGAAGAAACAAGCUCCGGUUCACCUGGCAACGGAGCUUAGCAAAAUCACCGUGCUCGGAACAAUGGCAAAAUACAGAGACAAAAUUGACAUUCAACAAGGUGGAGAACACGGAAGAACGGCUUUACACAUAGCCGCUAUUUACGAUCAUGACGCCUGUGCUAGGAUUCUGCAAGAUAUGGAGAACUAUAUGGAAUGGAAAAUGAUGGGUGUUCAAAAAAGAAUGAAAAAAAAUGUAGUUCCGCAUAUUUUUUCUUGCCAAGAAGAUAGAAAGCGGACUUGUCCGCAACCUGAGCAAAUGACGGCUGUAAAAAGGGCAAGGCACAGUAUCAUCCAAGAUAAUUUAUGCGAAGCUAGUACUUCCAGAUCUAAUUUACCCAAAGACUUGCCCACUCAACAAGAAAUCCCUCCUGAAGUCUCACAUAUUGAAGAAAAUUUGGAUAUGCAACGUACUGUAGGAGUACAAGUGAACCUACGGAAAAACUUUCGAAGUAAAUAUAUCCAAUGCAAUAUUCAUCCAAUAACAACGUGUAAAGGUUCUUCACCUAUUAAAAAUUUAACUACAAAUGUUGCUUUAUCCCCGAUUAAGUUACCAAGUGUGAAAAGACUAAGUUUGAGUCCUUUAGAAAAUUCAGAAUCAACUGUCUCGGAAUUUAAAACAGAAAGCUAA